AUGUCACCUUCAGUUCCAAGCGAGGAAAUGGACACGGACCCAUGGAACGGAUGGAACGAGGCCGAUUCGGAUAGCCUUCCAGAUGUAGACGACAUUCCUCCACGCCCUAAGGAACCGGACAAUCAAACCUCAUCGGCAGGCAAUAUGAGCAUCACUACGCCGCCACCUCAAGCCUCCACCACUGACAUAAAUCCUCCGAACUGCACUGCAGUCUCUUUUGCACCAACUGCCCCUGUUGCUCAGAUGACUGGACGCCUAGAGACUACCAACGUGUCUGAGACAGUCACUCGAGCUAUAGAUGGCUUUCCUGAGAAAUACACUUCAUCAGGCCGCAGCUGUCGACCAGUCCAGCGCCUUAAUUUUGUCGAAACACCAACCUUUGACACGGAGGACGAUUCUCAGUCCGUGUCACCACCUCCUAGUCGACAAAGUGAUCCGGGAUCCCGUGUUAGCCCAGAACUUGGAACAGAGACUCCUGGGGCUUCUCAUGUCGGAACUUCGCAGAACCCUCGCGCUACGUCAGAGCCAAUGCCCUUUGAUAGAACUCAGCUGGCUACUGAGGAUAUAACCCCUGUAAUAGAGGCAAAUCAAGCGACGAGAGCUAUGCCUCCCCCUGCUCUCCCUCAGGCUACAUAUCAAACACCAGAGGCUACUACUAGAAGACCACGAUACGAAAUUAAAUACAGUGUCGAAAAGUCACCCGGAAACUUCACUCUAUGGGAGCAUUACGACACAUUCGGCCGCAUGCCAAUGUCAGAGUUUCAAUUUAUGCAUGGCUUCAAUGAUAUUGACGCUGUACGAUUUGUUGUUCAGCGCGAAGGUAGGAGUUGGGAUGAUAAAGUCUAUAAAAAUGACGACGUUGCAUUUCAGGAUAUGAAGGUUCGCUUCCGAGGCCUAAUCAAAAAUGAUUUGGAUAGCCUUGGCCCCGACACUGGUUAUGUUCCAUACGAUAUCUGGAUCAUUCCAAUUAGGAGUUCCGAAACUGAGAGAAAGUAUUUUCGAGAGCAGUCGAUCACGCUGUGA